GAAAUCUCUUAAGUCUCUCUCGUUGUCUCAGCGUUGCAACAUAUUGUGUAGAGAAAAUGGGUUCAAAGGCAUCAGAUUCUGCAAUGUUGAAAACUUGGAGAAGGAACCCUCCUUCUUCUUCUCUUGUCAGACUCUCUCAGCUUGCUAACGACAAAUACGAAUCCCCUCCUUUCUCGUCCGGUGGACACAACUGGAGAUUGGUUGUUUACCCGAAAGGAAACGAAGCUGACAAUGGAAGGGGCUUUGUUUCAAUGUAUGUGGAAUGCCUCUCAUCGACAACACCACCCAUUGAUGUGUUUGUCUAUCUCACUUUCUUUGUCUUUAGCGAAGAAGAGAAGAGGUACCUCUCUAUUCAAGAUGUUGAAGUUAAGAGGUUCAAUUCCUCAAAAACGGUUUGGGGAUUGUCACAAGUUCUUCCGGUUGAAACACUCAAAGACCGUGCAAAGGGAUUUAUCUUGUCAAGAUUGUUUCACAACCCGCCUCUUUUGGUGAAGUUCUCCCUUUUCACAAAUUCUCUUGGAGUAUUCGUGAUUUCGCUCUCCUAGAACAGAAUGAUUGCGUAUCCAAAACCUUUCACAUGGGAGAAAAAGAUUGGACUCUAAAGUUGUAUCCAAAGGGGGACUCUGAGGCAGAUGACAAGUUAUCCCAGCAUUUGCAUUUAGCUGACGGGGAAACUUUAUCCAAGGGUGAGCUGAUUUUCGUGCGAGUGAACCUGCAGGCCGCGUGGAUCCAAUCACCUUAAAGGAUGGCUUAAAGGUUGGAUCAUGAACUCGAACAAAGAGAUGGGUCUUCCUCAAUCCAUGUCUUUCGAUAAAAUUGAGGGGGCUUACUUGGACCGUGAAGGGACUUUGGAGGUAGAGAUCGAAUGUGAAAUUGAAAACUCCCAUAAAAACCAUCCCUUCUUUUAGGAUAUCUACCAUGCCAUGUCUACUACUCUAAAGUCUAGGACUACUCUGUUUUAUGCGUAAAAUUGAAUGUGAAGUUAACGCUCUAUCUAUGUAUUUAUCUACCAUGCAUGUCUGACUAUUGUAUGUCUGUAUGACUUUUCAUGCG